AUGUGUGACAAUUCAUCGUAUAAGACAAUUCCCUUGGAACCGGUGCCUCCUGGCGCGUACAAUGCCACAAUGACCACUUCAACGAAUGACCACCAAGAAGGGGCUAGCAGACCCUAUGCUGCUGAAGACUAUGGAUAUCAAGCCUAUAUUUCCUCAACGAGUGAACAGCCAACAACAUCCGAUGGAACCGGAUUUCCUGCCAACUCUUAUGGAUACUAUGCGACAUUGUCAAAAUACGCACCCGAAGAGCCUGCACUCCUUGGCAAUGAUUCAUUUACCGGCUAUGCACCAGCUCCGCCAUCAUUCCAAGUGACCUAUUCAGUACCUGCAGAGACAGUUUAUUCAGCACCCUUUUCGGAUACACAUGGCGACGUUGACAUGCGCGAGGGUAACACCGUGCUGUGUGCUAAGAAAAGCGAAUCUUCGUCAUCUCAACUGGAUUGUUCACAUCUGUCCAGCAGAUCGCAGAGUAGCAUGGAUGAAGAUUCGAAUGAUGGCUUAAAGAGUUCCACUGCGAAGAAGAUCAAAUCUCUCCCUCUGCCGAAAGUUGGCUUACCACCACGUCAAGCAAAGUCGAAAUCCGAAAAGUUCAAGGAGUAUGUUGGUGAAGUCGCUAGGCUCAACGAGGAAAUUGAACGUUUGCAGAAAUUGCAGGAGCAGUUACGACAAGAGGCCAAGAAAAUCGUAGGCACAGCAGCUGAUGAUGUUCUUCCUCAAGGAGAAUUAUUGGAUGAAAGCACUACUCUGACUGAUUUGACUGAGGAUACCGCUCCUGAUAGCAGCAUCACACGCAAGGAUGCUCCAGCUCCUAAGCGCAAAAAAAUGAAAGAGGAGGUUGUUUCUAAGAAGGAAAAAACUCGCCCUAAAAGAGUCAGUGCUUCACCUUCUGAAUCUCCUGAUCGAACACCUGAGUCCGAUUACCUCCGCCGAAGACUCUUUAAGAAAGAAGUGGAAAGCAAACCAACGAAGGAUCCUAUUAACGUAGAAGCCUCGUCUUCGGCACCGUCCAACUCAACAGAAGAUAAAGAGACCAGUCCGGAGGUGGUGGUGGCAACGAAGAAACGGAUUGCAAGGGAAGGGGUAGGCUAG